GACAGCAGGAGCCGCUGCAAGCGCCAUACGUGCUUUGGAGAACUUCCGUUUGGAAAUACAAGGUGAUGUCAGUGAUGUCAGUGGUAGACCUCGGGACCCUCUUCCAUGCGGCGGUGAUUGUCGGAGAAGGAGGAGGACCACCGAGUUCAGGAGACAUGGCCAAGGAAAUGCAGUUGAUAUGGUUUUCAUGGGUCGGACCGCCGGGAUCCAUAGUAUUGGACCGUGGACUCGAGAACAGGGGGCAGCUUCAGAAGUUGAUGACUUCCCGCGGAGUUCUACUGCGCUACAUGGGAGUAGAAAGCCCCUACCAACUUGGAAGAGGCGAAAGACAUGGAGGAAUCCCCAAGGAAGUGAUCAAGGCCCUACAGCCCGGCAACUACGAGGCCGUGGACCUUUCAACAUGGACGACCUGGUGUGCUUCCACAGACGGCAAGGAGGCAAGGCCGGAUGGAAAUGGUUUGGUCCGGCGAGAGUCAUCGGACAAGAAGGACGAGGCACUCUAUGGAUAUGCCAUGGAGGUGAAGCCCUCCCGGAAACGACGUCGGGAGGACAUGGCGACUGUGGAAGAUGAGGCAAAGCACAUGGACGACGACCCCUUCCUGGACGACCUCAUCGGAGAGAUACCUGGACUUCACAUGCUACCAGAUGGGGGUCCAGCUACAGUGAGCCUGAACAGGAACUGGUCCCACCUAGUCGUGACGUCAGUGACCCACCUGAUCCACUACGUCCCACGUCUUCGUCUUCAAUCACGGCACCAGUAUCGAGUAGCCCUGCUAGAGCGCUCCGUCCUCUACAUGCACUUCGAAUCUCUCCGGACGCACUGGAUGGCCUGGGAGCUGAACUUCACGAAGGCUACCGGAGAUGAACGCGAAGGCAUACAAGAAGCCAGGAAGCGCGAAUGGGGCAACUGGCCAGGCUUCGAUGCUGCGGAAGUGAUUCCGCCGGAGAAGGUGAAGGAAGCCUUGGCCGAACAUCAACCUUGGCUACCUCCCAAGUACAAGUCACGCAUAGUUGUACGUGGUGACGUGGAAAGUGGUGCUUCUACGCGAACGGGCUCUCCAACCUGUUCGGCGACCAUGCUUGGUUUACUGCUUUCCUUUACGGCCAACCGACAGCUACGACUAUGCGGUGGGGACAGCGCCGCCUCCUUCCUGCAGGGCGAAAAGCUGUUUCGAGUGCUACUUCUCAAACCUCCACCUGGCGGUCUUCCCGGAGUUCCAGAGGGGUCUUUGUUGAGGGCUUUGAAGCCUGUUCACGGAACACGAGAUGCACCUCGAGGCUUCUUCCAGCGUCUCCACAACGCCGCUGUCGCACAAGGACUACGAGCUCUACCACACGAACACGCAGCUUAUGUUCUACAAGACGAAGAAGGUGUUCAUGGGAUGAUGUGGCCCGCCUGGACGACCUUCUUUGGGGGCACUGAGCGCAUGGACAGCGUGAUGGAGGCGAUCACCAAGGAGUUCAAAUUCGGCACCCUGGAGUUUGGAAGCACGUUUGACUACUGCGGACGCACCAUUACCCACGAGACCGAGGGCAUCCGGGUGACCUGCCCGAACCACGCUUCGAAGGUCCGCCCAAUCCCUUUUUGGAUGCAUGGGGACGACGCCAAAGCACCGAGCCCGAACAUGAACAACUCAGAAGCGUGGUUGGAAGUCUAA